AUGGAGGUGAACUUGGAGAAUAACACUUCUGAAUUACCAUCGGAGUCAUCAGCUGGAGUGCCAAAAGAUCGCAGACGGGAAGCUCUGGGUAACCUCUGCGUUCUUCCCGAUGAAAUAUUGUGUGAAAUAUUAAUCUCUCUCACGCCGCUCGAUAUCGCUCGCCUAUCUUGCGUUAGCAGCGUGAUGUAUAUAUUGUGCAAUGAGGAGCCUCUCUGGAUGAGUCUCUGCCUGAACAAUGUAAAUCGUCAUAUUGAGUACAAAGGCUCAUGGAAGAAAACAGCUUUGCAUCAACUGGAUUUGCCCAAUCAAUAUCAUGAAGCCUGCAAAAGACCAUUGCACUUUGAUGGAUUCAAUUCCUUGUUUCUAUAUAGGAGGUUAUAUCGUUGCUAUACCUCGUUAAAUGGAUUCUCUUUUGAUAGAGGGACUGUAGAAAGAAAAGAGAACAUCUAUUUAGAAGAGUUUCAGAGAGAGUAUGACGGUCGGAAGCCGGUUUUAAUCAGUGGCUUGGCUGAUAAUUGGCCAGCAAGAAAAUCAUGGACAACCGAACAGUUAUUAGCGAAGUAUGGAGAGGAAAAAUUCAGAUUAUCACAGAGGAGUUCUCAGAAAAUAACUAUGAAGUUUAAGGAUUAUUUGUCAUACAUGCAAAUUCAGCACGAUGAGGAUCCUCUAUACAUUUUUGAUGAGAAGUUUGGGAAUUCUGCACCUGACCUAUUGAACGAUUAUAGUGUUCCCCAUCUAUUUCAAGAAGACUAUUUUGACAUAUUGGAUAGCGAGAAACGACCACCUUUCCGAUGGCUCAUAAUUGGACCUGAGAGGUCUGGUGCCUCUUGGCAUGUUGAUCCAGCUCUUACUAGUGCUUGGAAUACUCUCAUUUCUGGCCGUAAAAGGUGGGCGUUGUAUCCUCCCGGGAGAGUUCCUUCAGGAGUGACAGUACAUGUGAAUGAAGAAGAUGGCGAUGUCAAUAUUGAUGGUCCAUCAUCAUUGCAGUGGUGGCUGGAUUUUUAUCCCCUUCUCCCUGAUGCUGAGAAGCCUAUAGAGUGCACCCAGCUUCCUGGUGAGACAAUAUUUGUUCCAAGUGGGUGGUGGCAUUGUGUACUAAAUCUGGAGACAACUAUUGCCGUGACACAAAAUUUUGUGAACUCAAAAAACUUUGAGUUUGUAUGUCUUGACAUGUCCCCUGGUUAUCGUCAUAAAGGAGUCUGCCGUGCUGGGGUUCUUGCCCUUGAUGAGGGAAGUUUUGAAGAUCUUAACAAGAAUGUGUUAUGCUUGGAUAAUAAAUUGAGCUCCUCUGACCCGACCAGGAAAGAGAAGCGGCUCAAGAUGUGCCAACCCUUAGAGGAUUCAAAAAAUGAGAAUGAUACAAAUAGUUUGUCUAAAUAUCAUGGUCUGGGUAGCCUGGAAUUUUCUUACGAUUUAAAUUUCUUAGCUAUGUUUCUGGAUAAAGAGAGGGACCACUACAAUUCUUUAUGGGCCUCAGGCAACUGCAUUGGACAGCGAGAAAUGAGAGAAUGGUUAUGGAAGCUUUGGCUUGGAAGACCAUGGCUCAGAGACCUAAUAUGGAAGGGAGCCUGUAUUGCACUAAAUGCUGGAAAGUGGUUCGAACGAGUGGGAGAAAUUUGUGCCUUUCAUGGGUUGCCCUCACCUCUUCAUGAUGAGAAACUUCCUGUUGGCAUGGGUAGCAAUCCUGUUUAUCUUGUUGCGGAUUAUGCAAUAAAAAUAUUUGUUGAAGAUGGACUGGAAGCUUCUCUUUAUGGUUUGGGGACUGAGCUUGAAUUCUAUAGCCUUCUACACAAAGUGAACUCCCCUUUGAAGAAUUACAUUCCUGGCAUUUUGGCAAGUGGGAUUCUCCUUUUUGAAAAUGGAUUGUAUACAGUAUUCCCUUGGGAUGGCAAGUGCAUACCAGAGGUGAUUGCCAACUGCAAUUUCAUAUCAAUGAAACACAAAAAAAUUGAUUAUCCAUUUGGUGUAUGGAACAAGAAGCAAUUUGAAUGUCAAAAUGCUGGUAUGUUACCAUGCAAAUCAGGAAAUUCUGGAGAAUGCUCUCUAAUAUGGCCGUAUAUUGUGACAAAAAGAUGCAGCGGGGAAAUAUAUGCUGAGCUAAGAGAUACACUCUCGUGGGAAGAUACUUUAAAUUUGGCUUCUUUCCUGGGAGAGAAGCUGCGUAACCUUCACCUCCUGCCUUGUCCAUCUUCUGAUGCUUCAUUACUUACAGUUGGAGAGCAGAUAGAGCUGCCCCAUGAUAAUAGGUUUAUGGAGAUUGCUGCAGAUAAGAUUCACAUUACAGCAGAGUGGAAUUUAUUUAUAAGCACUCUCAACAGGAAAAGAAAGGAUCUCUCAGACCGCCUGACUAAAUGGGGUGAUCCGAUUCCUUGCAAACUGAUUGAGAAAGUUGCUGAAUACAUUCCUCAUGACUUGGCAGAAUUUCUUGAUAUUUUUGAGGAAGUUUGUAAAUCUUGCACCUGGGUACACUCGGAUGUGAUGGAUGACAAUAUCUACAUGACACAAUGUUCCUCAGGAGGAAGUACUUAUCAUUUGCCAGCAGAAGAUGGUUAUGUGAACUGCUACAGUAGCAACAGUGGACAAAAGCACUCUUGGCAUCCUAGCCACAUCCUUGAUUUCAGUAAUUUAUCCAUUGGGGAUCCCAUACUUGAUCUUAUUCCAAUUCAUCUGGAUAUCUUCCGAGGUGAUUCCCGUCUCUUGAAGCAGUUCCUUAAAAGCUAUGGACUUGCAUUGGGGAGAAAAAAAUCACUGAAUGAUUCGGUUGAAGACAAUAGGUUUCAUCGACUCUCAUACAGAGCAAUGUGCUACUGUAUUCUGCAUGAUGAUAACAUUCUGGGAGCUAUUUUCAGCCUGUGGAAAGAAUUAAAGAUGGCAAAUUCUUGGGAAGAAGUUGAGGAAACAGUUUGGGGGGAUCUAAAUGAUUACACAGCCGGCUUCUGA